UAAACUACGCCGAGUAAAUUUUACAACAGAAAAACCAACCCACCUAAGUAUUCACGACAUGGUUCCAGCCAUCAUGAUCUGAUGCAUCACAUCUUUAAAAUCGUCGACUAGAUGAAGUAGUAAAAAAGAUUCACUGCUCAAAUUUCUCCCUUUCAAGUCGUUCAUGCUUCAAUUUCCAGAGUAAACCCUUUUCAGUGGGAUUUUGUUCUGUGCUUCUAAUUGAAAAGGUUUUGGAACUUUGAAUAAAUUGAUGCGAUGAACUUUUAUAAUGGCUUGUCAAACAGAAUGGAGACUCGGAUUGAUUUUGUACAAUCUCUGGAAAGUGACAUGUCAGUUAAUAUUCUGACGUGUUUGAAUGAUCCAGCAGAUGUGGUCCGUGCAAGCUCUGUCUCAAGCCUGUGGCACCAGUUUGUGAUUACAAAUGGGCUUGCCAAGCAACUAUGCCUUAGAAGGUUUCCUCAGCUUUCUAGCAUUGCACGUAUAACUGAACCAGAUCGGACAACAAUAGAAGCAAAUGGUGUUGGAUCUAACAAUUCCAGUUGGGAUAUUCAAAGAGUAAAGAGAGACCACAAUGCUUAUGCUUCUCUGCUUCAAGCUACUGCAACAUUAAACACAUGUCAGAUGGGAUGCAUUGGUUAUGCAGUUAGUGCUUCAAGUACAGAUAGAUUUCCUAGCGAAAGUAUUGUCAAUACUCUAACAUCUAAGGACAGAUAUCAACAUAGACCUUCAUACUGGUCAAGUAAAGGACAUGCUGAUCCAGAUGCCUCUGAGACACUAAUUUACAAAUUGAAAGCCGAUCUAUGUGUUAUUAGUGAAAUCAAUGUACAACCUUUCGAAGCUUUUUUCCAGCCCGGCAAGCCUAUAUACUCUGCAAAAUCUUUUCGAUUUCGGUUAGGGCACCCCAAAAAUUCAGUGGACGAAAAUGAUAUGUUGCAAGUGCCUCAGGAACAGCCUGCUGAUGACGAGUUCAUAUGGACGUAUACCUCAGAAGUUUUCCCUAUGGCACAGGAAAACUGCUUGCAAAAGUUCAAGUUACCAGAACCAGUGCUUUGCAUUGGUGGAUAUCUGCAGAUUGAACUGUUGGGUAGAGUUCAGAGGCAACAUACCGACAACUUGUUUUACAUAUGCAUUGGCCAUGUGAGAGUUCUGGGGCGUCCCCUCUGCCCUGCAUUUGACAUAGAAAUCCUCGAACAAUCAGGGAAGUUUGCAUUGAAGUACAACCCGAUGGUUUUCGGAUGGAUGUUGCGAAGCUUUUCUGACGAGACAAAUAUGACCCCACCGUCAUCAGAGGAAGAAGUGGUUGAACAUGUAGGUCUUAUGGGGUUUCUGUUAGGGGGUUACCAUGUGGGUAUUGAACCCGUGGCAUGGCCCGACGAUGAUGAAGAAAUGGAUGAACCUGAUGUAUUUUGGUAGUAUGAACUUGUAUGAUAAUCUCUUGUAUUUAGUUUUAAAAGUUCCUUCAAGUAACACAGUUUCAAAUAAGUUCCUUCAAGUAACAGACAUCCUUUGUUUUUCAUGGUCUUGCAGUUUUUAGUAUUAGAACUACAUAAACCUUUUACAUUCAAGUGGUUUUCUUUUGCAA